UGCGACUCGAUCGACUUACUUUUCAAUCGACUCGCCAAGCGCAACAUCACCACCAGCACCAUGAAGCUCUCGUACUUGCCCCUUGCCCUCCUCGCCUUUGCCUUGGACGCCGUCUCGGGUGCCAGCACGCCUGGCGUCGCUGCCGGCGUCACGGGCGGUGGCAACGCAGCACCCGUCUACCCCAAAAACACCAACGAGCUCAAGGCGUACCUCCAGGACGCGGUGCCCCGGGUCAUUGUCCUCAACAAGACGUUCGACUUUCGCGGCACCGAAGGAAGAAAGUCCGAGACGGGGUGCCGUCCCGACUACACGCGCGAGUGCAUCGCCAAGAAGAACGGCUUCAAGAGCCAGGACGUGAUCCUCCAGGCGGGUGGCAUGGCCAACACGGGCGGCUGCACCAACGGCACGCCCGUUCAAGUCUCGUACGACGUGGCCGGUACCAAGAACCCGCUCGUCGUCAUGGGCGCCAAGACCAUUCGUGGAGAGGGCCAGAAAGGCGUCAUCGUCGGAAAAGGCCUCUGGCUCCGCGGCGACAACAUCAUUCUCCAGAAUGUCCACGUGACGAACCUCAACCCGCAGUACGUCUGGGGCGGCGAUGCCAUCUACCUCAACGGCAAACCCGAUGGCUCAGCGCAGCAAAAGAUCUGGAUCGACCACGUUAAAAUCUCCAAGGUCGGUCGGCAGAUGCUCACGACGGACGGCGCCGGCGCCAACAGUAUCACCGUCAGCAACUGCGACUUUGAUGGCGAGGCCGAGUGGUCGGCCACGUGCGACGGCCGCCACUACUGGACCAACAUCUUUAUCAGCAACCUCAAGAUGAGCUACCUCAACAAUGUCAUUCGCAAAACCUCCGGCCGCGCGCCCAAAAUCAACUCGGCCAACGGCAAGUACUCGGUGCAAGUCCACACCGCCAACAACUACUGGCACGACAACUCGGGCCACUCGUUCGAGGUCGACGAAGCGUACGUGCUCUCGGAAGGCAACUUUUUCGCUGCGACCGCGUCGCCCAACCUCGCCGAGCCCAACGGCUGGAUCAUGUCGACGACGAACGCCAACAAGGGCAGCUGCAAGGCGGCGCUCGGUCGCGACUGCGUCCCGGACGCCUUUGUCAACAGCGGCGAUUUCGUUGACCACGGUGCGAGCGCCGUGCCGGCCAAGAUGAAGGGCCUCGCCACAACGUUCGCGGCCAAGCCUGCUGCGCGUCUCACCUUGUCGAGCGCCAACUUUGGCGUCGGCAACCUCUAACCUAGACCUAUGGUUUAACGUGAUCCUGGAAGCAAUUAACGCUUAUUGACGCAC